GCUCACCAUACACAUACACACUUACACCUACACCACCUAUCACACUCGCUACUGGACUACUGGACUACUGGACUACGUAUCUGAUUACUACCACCUACUUACUGGAUGGUUCCCAUUCCCAUAAUUUCAAGUACCCUCCUCGAAUGCCUCUCUCCUCUUAGCUUAACGAGCUCGUUCCCGGCUCUCCACGGCCAAUCCUCUGUCCAAGGCUUACGUUUAAUGCUCCACCUACUACAAAUGCCGCAUGACGAAAUAGCAAUUACCACCUAGCCGCUCUGAUUUUCGGAGCCUACCAUUUUACGACUUGUCCAAAAUUUCCUCUGAAGCUUCAUUCACUUAUCACAAUGCCAGAAAGGCCAAAGCAGCUCCAUCCGUCCAAGUCGUUUACGCGUCUUGAGCCUACCCAGGCCAAGGGACCCUCAUCCCGGGGUAGAGCUAGUACCUUGCAGGCAACAACAGCUCCUAGCAUUUUAGAUCCUCUCAAGGAAAAACUGCUCCCUGACGAUGAAGAUGAAGAACACGAAGAGGGAGACGUGUUCGCCCCGCGGGAGGAAGACGAAGAGGAGAAAUCCCCAGAUCCCAGCGUACCCGAUAGCUUCGAGGAGCUUCCCAUCGAGAUAAGGAGCUUGACGGAGAGGUUUCUCGACUCGCUGUCUGCGAAAGUACAUCCCAGCCCACUCUCCGCCGAUGCCUUAUCCGACCUCUUCCAAGAUUUCUAUACACGUGCUUCCUCUCACGUUAACACGCACAUCGCUGCACUGUCCUCAAAGCUUUCGCGAGAACAUACAUUGAAAGCACCCCCCAAAAAGGGCGCACGGAAGGAGAGUGAUGCAACUGGCGAGCAGCAGAUGCUUACUGCCACCGAGAUCGUCGAUCGGAAGAAAGCUAGGCGUAUGUUGGAAGUGAAGCGUUUUGCUUUGGAAGAAGCUAUCGAGCGUGCCGUAUGCGAAAAGGUCUACGACAGAAUAUUCAGGCAUCGUAGUGCAGACGAUGAGGAACGAGACCAGAAGCUCCGAUCUAGGACAGCCGCCCUGUCGCUUGUUGGCAUUGGUCUAAAGGAGCUACUGAUGAGUGCCGAAGAAUUGACAGAGGAGGAGAGGUCAAAGACAAAAGACAGGGAAGGUGAAAUCAAAGAUUGGCUUUCAAGUGCCAGGGAAGAUAUACAGAAGAUGGACAACGAGCAGUAUCCAUUGGGGAAGCUGCAUCACCUCACUGCUGCCCACAAGUCUAUUGUUGAGGCACUUUCCAAGAUAUUCCCCGCAUCCUCCUCUGCUGAUGAGAUUCUGCCCACGUUGAUUUACACCCUCAUUACCUCUCCGCCAGAGCAUCUUAACGUCAUAAGCAACCUCAAGUUCAUUCAGCGAUUUCGUGGGAGCAGCCGAAUGGACGGUGAGACAGCGUACUGCCUAGUCAACCUGGAGGCUGCGAUAUCGUUUUUGGAGACGGUAGAUCUCUCAUCUUUACGCGCCGAGGAAACUCAAUCGGGUUUGGCGAAAAGCAAUUCACGGCCUUCGACACCUCGCUCUGAAGUCACACCAAUGCCAUUGGGUCUAUCACAAGUGCCUGAUCUGACGCAAACACCAGCCACACCAACAAAGGAUUCCGCAACCAAGGCGCCGCCAUCUCCUGGUACUAAAACUCAGCGUCGCUUGAGCAAUCUCAUACAGGCGCAAACGACCAAAAUAGAAGCAGCUUCCGAUGCCGUGCGCGAGUCAAUAAUCGAUUCAGCUGAUCAAGCGCUCGACACUAUCAAUAACACACUUGAGAAUAGCUUCAAGUUCCUCUUCGGGAGGGCCAAAGAGCGGGAUCCGAAUAGCCCGGGAAUGAUCGAGGAACCCCAACUCCCGAAAACGCUCGCCGAUGCCAGGAGACUAGUGAGCUCAGCUCCUCAUAUCGAUGGAGAAGAGGAGGAUGCUGCCAGCGUCAGUGCAGCAAGUUCAGUGAUUGGGGAUGAUCAAAGUGAGGCUCGAAAAGGCCAGGAUGCUGGGAACAGAGUUACGGAUCUCUUCGCCGGUAGGCGGCAGAUUCGAGACCGUAGCGUAGAUUCAGCUCAGUCCGUUGGAAGUGGCAAACGCAUGGUUUCCAACUCGUCGCCGAGCGAACCCAAAAUCUCUCCGCUACAGACCGCCAAGACCGAGCCGCAACAAGUGUCGACCGGCACAUCUGCCGUGGACUCUAUUCGCAAUAUGAGCAAUUCAUUCAAUCCGCUGAAUAGGUUCGCCAAUAUGACCGUGCUGCCGAGGUUUGGGCGAGCAGCGACUAGCAAUGCCAGCACCCCUGGAAUCACAACGCCCUCAACAGAGCAGUCAAAGCAGUUAUCUGCACCACCCACAACUACUACACCAGGGUCUUCUACCCCAGGCGACGUUCCACAGGUCGAUGAGAAGGGCGUCCGGGCGAUCGCGGCGCUGGACGCUCUCAAGAAGACACCACCACCAGUCAAACGAUUCUUAGAAGUCAAAGAUGCUUCGGAUUUAAAGAUAAAGGAAGUCGAUGAGUUGUUGAAGGAGUAUCAACGACUAGCGGCGGCAAUGCGGGGAGCUAUCAAUCAUUGAUUGUCAUGCAUGGUCAUUUGGGAGUUAGGAAUCUUUGCAUAUGGGUUUAUGGGCAGCGUGUGUCGUAGGAGUUUCUUCAGCAUAUAUAGAGGAACUAGAC